AAUGGUCGUGGUAGUUCGAAGCGGAUUGCAGUCUGUCAGUUGAAAAAAUUUAAUUGAGUAAAAAAAAAAUAUUUUUGGUGACUGAAAAACAAUAAACCUUUUGCAAUUAAAUAUAACUGUAACUUAACGAAUCUUGCUGUGAUUUGACGUUGAUUUGUGUUCUAGAGCGAACUACCGUGAUUGUAAUGCAUAUUUGGAACGCUGGAUACACAUCUUUGAUCUGAAAAUACUUUAAUGCAGAACUCACAUUGAAUACAUCUUCCCACGAGCUUAAAAAUGAUGGAAGUUAAACAGAGUACGCCAACCGACUUAAAUGCCUUAACAGCUGGCACCAGCAAUGGCAAGCCCAAUGAUGACAUGGAUGUUAUAUCAGAAUUGGAGGCAUCUAAACUGAAAAGUGAUAUAUUAAGCGUAAAUGAACUGCCUCAGAAUGGCCUACUUAGCGACGCCUCCAAUGGUUUCACAGACGCAGGCGAUGGUUUGGAUCUGGAUGAAUUGAUCGACUUAAAUGAUACUGUUAAUCCGGAAUUGGAAGACGCACUGUUAGGCGAAGAUGAUGAUGAUGUAGUUGACAAAUUGCUAGCUGAAGUGGUGCCAAAAGCUGCAGCUGUUAUUGAGGGAAAAUCAGAUGAUGGCCCAACAGCAGCUAGUUUACACAAUCCAGGCGAUGAUCUUGAUAAGUUGAUCUCGAAAAUAAAUGAUCUUGAGGAUUGCAUUGAGACAUCAGCCGACAAAGAUGGGGUGGUGAGCAGUAAUGCAGUAAAUGCUGAUAAUACCAAGGAAGCAGAAGAGGAUAUUUGUGAAGAAGAUAAUGAAGUUGCUGAUGAAAAAGAGGAUAAAGUUGCUGAUGAAGAAGAGGAUCAAGUUGCUGAUGAAGAAGGGGAUCAAGUUGCUGAUGAAGAAGAGGAUCAAGUUGCUGAUGAAGAAGAUGAUCAAGUUGCUGAUGAAGAAGAUGGUCAGGAGGAGGCCGAAAUUGCCGAAAAGUUGGAAAAUGAUGUAGAAAAUAAUAAAGAGAAUGAAAAUGCGGUUAUUGAUGAGGAUAGCGUUGAUGGAAUCGAAAAAGACUCAGAUGCUAAAAGUGCUGUGGAUGAAGAUGAAAUUGAUGCUAAAGCUGUAGAAGGAAAGGAAAAGUGUGAAGUGAGUGAAAGUAAUGUGAAUGAUGUUGAGGGCGAGAAGGGUGCAUCACCUAUAACUGAGAAUAUUAAUGAAACUACUGAGCAAAAAGAAGAAUCUAUUGAAACUGUGGGUGAAAAGAUUGAAAAUACUACAGAAAUAUCUGCAAAAGAAACUGAAAUUGACAGCGCGGAGAAAGAUGCGAAUGAAGUUGAAGAAACACAAGAAGAGAUUUUGGAAAUAAGUGACGAUAAGAUUGAAACCACAAAAAAAGAAUCAGGAGACAUUGCUGAAGAUAAAGAGAGUGCUGAGAUGAUUGUAAACGAAAAAGAGACAGAAAAGGCAGACGAACCUGCAAAUGAUGAAACUCCAAAAGCUCAACAAAAUGAUGUUUCUGUCCUGCCUACAGAUGAUGAAGAGAAGGUGGCGCCAGCGGAAAAUGCGAGUGAGAAAGUGGCGGACUCACUUGUGGAAAAGGCUAGCGAGGAAUCCAUUCAAGAAAAGUCUUUCGAGGGUGUCACGGAUGCUAAAAGCAAGACUGCGGAUGCAGAUGAUUCCGACGACGAUAUAGUCUUUUUUGUCGGCAAACCGGAGACUGAGAAAAAGGAUGAAAACGUUGUUGAAGCAGGAGAGAAAGUUGAUGAGAAACCAAAAUCGAAAGAUGAAAGUAAUGCAAAACAGUCGACAGCGGAAACGGUUGCAAAACACAUGGAAGUCGAUGAAGACGACGAUGUCGUGCUGCUGCUAGAUGAUGAGGACGAGGAGGCGGAGGCGGAAACAAAAAACAAGACUAAUGCUGAAAAAACAGCAGAAAGAGAAGAUGCUAAAAUCGAAGGAUUGACUGAAGGUACAACAGAUGAAAUGAAAUCAAAAGAAUCCAGAGAAGCCAGCGAAACAACAACAACUGAAUUAAAAAGUAAUGCUUCCGAAGCCGAUAAGACAAAGUCAGAAUUACAAUCGGAUAAUUCCGAUAACGCUUGCGACAAAUUUGAAACCGAUAAAUCCGCUGCUCUACUAAAGGAUGAUGAAACCAAAUCAAAGUCAUCAGAUGCUGUUGACGAGACGAACAGCAACUGCAGUAGCAGCAGCAAUUUGUUACAAGAGACACAAACUAUAGAAAAACCAGAUACGGGCAGCCCCGGCGAAGAGGAUGCUGAUGCGGCCGAUGAGGCAGACAACGAUGAUGAUGGCGAUGAUGCAGAGAGCAGUAGUGCCAUUGAGUUGGUUGAAGACGAUAGUUGCGCUGCUGGUGAAGAAAAAGAAUCUGUACCCCCCGCUAAACGGAUCCGACUGAGCGUUGAGGCUGACGAAAGUAUGAAAGCUGAACAAACCGAAGAAUCACGGAGCAGCCACAAAUCUGGCGACUCAGCAAAAAAUGAGCAAGAAGUAUUUGAAGUAGUAAAAAUCGGCGAGGAUAGCAAUGAUGCUGACAAUACCGAAAAAGGAUUGGGCGUGCAAGCAACUAUUGCAGUAAAGCGUUCACACGAGUCUCUAGAAGAGAACAGUGCUGAUGUGUCCAAAGAUGAUGCUUUGGUGGAAGUGGUUAACAAAAAGUCAAAAAUGGAAGAACCAGCAACCACCGAGGCGUUACAAAAAUCCGAGGAUGUAAAAGUGACUGAAAGUUGUGUAGUAGUUGUGGCUGAAAAGGCUGUGGCUGACAUAAGCGACUCGAAAUUGAAACAGUUGGAUGAGAAAUUCGAAGUGAGCAAGGGGUUGCCACAGUUGCGUGCUAUCGGUACCGACAUUCCAAUACCUCUAUAUCCUGCGCCGAAAUUCAAUACUUCCGAUUCACCUUCAUUGAGUUUGGAUUUCCUGAAACGUUUUCGUAAGAAUUUCGAUAACCUUACGAAACCAGACUUGGAAGAACUGGUGCUACAGAAAGUGGUCGAAGCCAUUAUACACAAAAGUGAGUUCGCCGAAAUGCGCGAUCUCAUCGACAAGCAAGAAAAACAAAUAACAGCGCAUCGAGCGAAAAUCGCCGAAAUCUCCAAACAAUUUCGUGACUUGGAAAUGGUACACAAUCGCGUGUUGAAGGACAUCGAAACAAAGAACUCACAAUUCAUAAUGCCCGUUAAAAUAACGCGUGCUGUCGGCUUACAAGUGUAUGUCCCUAGUAAACGCGGUUCGGAUGCUUCUUCAGUUAGCAAUCUAUCGGGUAGUCAUCUUCCAGUAACCACAUCACCACAGCGCAGCCAAAUGCCACCGCCGUCUUCACCGCCACGACAACCAAAUAGUACGCCGGAAACGCGUACUGGUAACUCGGCGUUAGCUUCAGCAGCAGUAGCUGCCGCUAUGAAUGCACGACGUGGUUGUGUCCAAAAGGUGACGCCGCAGCGGCCAGUGAACACAGAUAACAACAUGCCUACAACAACAGGUGUUUCCACCUAUCGCAUUGGUGGCAGCACGGGCAUUCUGCAGACGUCCUUAACGCAGGGUUCUCAGACUUCUACUGCAGCAGCGCCACAUCAACAACAACAACAACAACAACUCGGUAUGCCACGGGUAUUGAACAAAGGUGUAGCGUCGGCACAACAACGACCAGGACGCUUCCUUCCUACGGAACAACAGCGUGCGCAGCAAUUGCAACAGCAAUAUGCACGUCAGCAAGCGCAAAAUGCUAGCAUGCGGAAACUUCAGCCUAAGUCUGUUAGCACUGUCUUAGUCCAACAACCGACACAGUUCCGACGGCCCGGCGAAACAACAGGCACAUCGCCUAAUGCAUCCGUGGAUCACUACAUGAACCAGUUGAAUCAAGCCUCACCAGCAGUGGGCACUGUAACAAUAGCUUCGGCUAAACCGAAGGAGAAAGCAGUAAUUGAUCUUACAGACGAAGAUGAGGUGGCUAGUACUGCUACUGCAACACCAUCAAUACGCCAGCGGAGUAUCAACACCAACAUUGGCAUCAACUCACAGAUAAUGAACUCAAAUCGUAGUGUGCCACCGCUAACACGCAUGCCCAUGAACCAGCAGACAGCUGUGCGAAUGCCAGUAGGUGGUAUACGACAACAGAGUCCUAUGACGGCAACAAAAACCAACAGUGCACUCAUGUCAAAUAUAUCCACACCGCCCGGCACCAGCAUUACGCGCGUACACAUCAGUCCUGCGAAUAUGCCAACGCCGCCGGUACGCAAGUACAGCCAUCCUGCGCCGCUGCCGAAUACGCCGCCACAACCCUUCAAUCCCGGCUGGAAACUGCCACCUCCCAGACCUACCAUACGUAUUAGUAAUCUUGAGAAUGGCAUUGUCAUUUCUUGGACUAUGGAGGAUUCUAUGGAACGGUUUGCGGAAUGUGUGACUUAUCAAAUUUAUGCUUACCAAGAGACAUCCGGUCCGCCAGCAGUUGAUUCGUGGAGGCAUGUUGGCGAUGUGAAAGCAAUGUUACUACCGAUGGCGGUUACGUUGACACAGUUCCAAGAAGGUCAACGUUAUUACUUUGCAGUGCGUGCUGUUGACGAGCAUAAGCGGUUGGGACCAUUUAGUAUGCCGAAAACGUGGACUUAAAUGCAUGGCUGAAAAGUUGCAUUUUAUGGGCGGGAGCUUGUAAUGCUUGGCGCUGAAAUAGGCAGUUGAUAAUUUGCGCAUGAAUUUUCAUUUAUAUCUAUAUUUUAAUUUUCGUAUUAGUUAAGUGUUUUUAUUAAAGGGUUCACAACCUCAUAUUUAUUGUUUAUGAAAACAGAAUUAACUUUUAUGUAAUAUAAAAAAAAUAAUUGUAGUUAAUUUAAGUUUAGUUACACAAAAUGGAAAAUGAUAUAUAUUACAAGAAACACUACAACAUUACAACCACAAGCAGUCAUACAUAAAAUUUUAUUACAUUCGAUAUUUUUAUUUUUUUAUGUUUCACCACAUUAUGAUCUAUUUGGUGAGUUUGUAACACCAUACAUGGAUACUCUAGAAAUAGUGAAUUACUUGUAAUUCUUAUAAAUUAGGUCUCAAUUAAAAUAAU